UACAGUCUCAUUGUUCAUUUUGUCCCUCACUUCACCACCCAAGAGUUAUCUUUCUUGACAUUACUGCUAGUAGUUGUUGCAGACCAGAUAGCUUCCUCGGCCAAAGCUCUCUAACCAACCAUCUUGUAAAGGGGUAUUACAGGGAGUUUGAGACAUGGACAGACUUAACUCAAACCUGUUCUUGCAGAACUGUUACAUAAUGAAGGAGAAUGAGAGGCUAAGGAAGAAGGCCCAGUUGCUCAACCAGGAGAAUCAAGCCCUCCUUUCUGAGCUGAAACAGAAACUUUCCAAGGGAGACUCAAAAGGCAACGCGCAAAACACUAUUAGUGACCUCACACUUGGUUCCAGCUCCUCCCAAUAUCCUUCCAAUUCUAACACAAACUGAUCCUGCGGCCCAGUUAGAUUUCAUGAUCCCACCUAGACAUCUUUGCUUUUUUUGUGUAAAACAAUAUUCAAACAGUAGCAGAUGUUCCAGUUUCAGCUAAAUAGGACAGUGGCAGGAUCUAUCUACAAGGGUUACUGUCUAUUUGCAUGUUUAUCAUAUCUUUCUUUUGGGAGGAUUAAGAUAUGGAUUUCUUAAAUGCGAAGAUGUAUCUAUCUAUAUGUUCGAAGGGAAUAUAAUAUUAAUCUCUCUCU